AUGGUCGAACUCAGAAAGCGCAAAGCAUCUGCACAGCCUAAUAUCACGGAGACCAAUAAGAGAGGCAAGAAAGAAGAGAUACCUGCCUCAGAUCGCCAGACGGGAAAAACGAACGAUACUACAAACGCUGAUUCACUUGCCGGAGUUCCCAAUGUCGGCGACACCAUUGCUCUGGACGGUUUCGGUAGCGAAAUCCAGACAAAUGAUGGCACAAAAACAAAUCUCAAAGAGCUUGUAGCUACAAGCAAAUCUGGUGUUGUUCUAUUUACUUAUCCAAGAGCAUCAACCCCUGGUUGCACAAAGCAAGCUUGUCUGUUUCGCGCCAAGUACAGCCAUCUGACAUCAACUGGGCUAUCAAUUUACGGUCUUUCAACAGAUUCGCCCAAGGCAAAUACUACAUUCAGGUCCAAGCAAAAUUUACCCUAUCCUCUCCUUUGCGAUGCCAGCGCUGUAUUGAUUAGCGCCAUUGGGUUCAAGAAAGUACCAAAGGGUACUAUCAGAGGUGUCUUCUCUGUAGAUAAACAAGGUAAGGUCUUGCUUCGCCAGGCCGGUGGUCCGGAUGCGACAGUCGAUGCUGUACAGAAACUGGUGCAGGUCGAAGGAACUCCCCAAACGGAUGUUGAAGCACAGGCCAAGAAUGAGAUUUAA